AUGUCGCGCGCUAUACAACGUCUCAUGAAAGAUUAUCGCAAAGCAGAAAAGUUAAUAGGCCAUGCAACAAAUGAAUCAUUUGUGGAUUUUACUAAUUCAGCUUCAUUUACAACACAAACAAUGGUACAAAUACGACGAGAACCAGAAUUAACACAAGAUGAAAAAAAAUUUCUUGUUGCUGUUGAACGUGGUGAUAUGGCUACAACUCGUCGAUAUCUUGCUAUAUCAACAGGAACACCAGCAGCGUUACUUGAUGUUGACAUGCCGAUGACACCAAUAAAUAUUAAUUGUCUUGAUCCAUUAGGCCGAAGUGCACUUUCCAUAGCAAUUGAAUAUGAAAAUAUUGAAAUGAUUGAAUUAUUACUUAGUUAUAAUGUUGACACAGGUGAAGCUUUAUUACAUGCUAUUGAUGAAGAAUUCGUUGAGGCUGUCGAAUUACUUCUUCAACAUGAAGAUCUAAAACAACAACAACAAAAGAAUAACAUUAAUGCAGAUAACAAUCGAUAUCCAAAUAAUAUGGGCAUAAUUGAUAAAUCUAAUCCAUUAUUUACUUUGGCUCAAGAUGCAUUAGAAAAAGAGAAAAAAGAACAACAAUAUGAUAUUACUCAAAAGGUGCAUGAACAGCUUAAUUUGAGUACAUCUCGCUCGUAUACACCUGAUAUUACACCUGUUAUAUUAGCUGCACAUCGAGAUAAUUAUGAAAUACUUAAAAUUCUACUUGAAAGAGGAGAAAAAGUUACGGAACCUCAUGAUGUUCGAUGUGAUUGUUCAAAUUGUAUUGUAUAUAAUAAAGAAGAUAGUUUAAGACAUUCACGAUCACGUAUAAAUGCAUAUAAAGCAUUAUCAUCACCAUGUUAUAUAUCAUUAUCAAGUCGUGAUCCAAUAAUGACAGCAUUUGAUUUAAAUCGUGAAUUAAAACGUUUAUCACGUAUUGAAAAUGAAUUUAAACAAGAAUAUGAACAAUUAGCUCAACAAUGUCAAGAGUAUAGUGCUGCUUUAUUAGCUGAAACACGUUCAUCAAAAGAAUUAGAAAUUAUAUUAAAUUAUGAUUCAGAAAAUCCACCAGUAUUAUCAGAAACAACAGAAAAAAUGCAUUUAUCAAGAUUAAAAUUAGCUAUACGUUAUAAACAAAAAAAAUUUGUUUCACAUGCACAUUGUCAACAAUUACUUGCUUCAUUAUGGUAUGAAGGUUUACCUGGAUUUCGACGUCGUCAUUCAGUUAUUAAAAUAUUAAUAACAACAUUGGUUGGUUUACUUUUUCCAAUAUUAUCAAUCGCUUAUAUAUUAAUGCCACGUAGCAGUAUUGGUCGUAUUAUGCGACAACCAUUUAUUAAAUUUAUUUGCCAUUCUAUUUCAUAUAUUUUCUUUCUCAUUUUACUUUUUGUUGUUUCAUUACGUAUUGAUUUUGGUAAAUUAUUAUCAGGUAUUGAAGAAGAAACAAAUGAAAGGCGUGGUCCACCACCAAAUCCAGUUGAAAUAGCUAUAAUGUUUUAUGUUGCCGGAUUUAUAUGGGCAGAAAUAAAACAACUCUAUCAAGAAGGAUUACAUCAAUAUAUGGCUGAUACAUGGAAUUUAUUGGAUUGGAUUACAAAUUGUCUUUAUGUAGCUACUAUAGUUCUACGAGUAAUGGCUUAUAUUAAAGUCAAUCAAGAAGAACGUGAUCUUCAAAAUAAAUCAAUACCAGUCCCUGGUCCUCAUAAUUCAUCCGGUGUACCUCAUACACAUAAUCAUAAUUUAACGUCUGAUUCAGAUAUUUCAACAGGUCAUAAUGUACGACGACGAGAUUGGAAUGCAUGGGAUCCAACAUUAAUAUCUGAAGGAAUAUUUGCUGCAGCAAAUAUAUUUAGUUCAUUAAAACUUGUUUAUAUAUUUACAAUAAAUUCACAUUUAGGACCAUUACAAAUAUCUUUAGGACGUAUGGUACAUGAUAUAUUAAAAUUUAGUGUUUUAAUAUUACUUGUUGCAUUUGCAUUUGCAUGUGGUCUUAAUCAAUUAUUUUGGUAUUAUGCACGAAUGAAAAAAAAUGAAUGUGAACAAGAAGCAGGAUUUGAUGAAUAUUGUGCAAAAGAAAUUCAUAAACAUUUUUCAAAUCUUUUUGAAUCUUUGCAAACACUGUUUUGGGGUACAUUUGGUUUAAUUGAUUUACAAACAUUUCAAAUAUAUAAAAAACAUACAUUUACAAUGUUUAUUGGUUUACUUAUGUAUGGAGUGUAUUCAUCCAUAAUGAUUAUUGUUUUACUCAAUAUGCUUAUUGCUAUGAUGAGUAAUUCGUAUCAAUAUAUAGCUAAUUCAACUGAAACGGAGUGGAAAUUUGCACGUGCAAAACUUUGGAUAAGUUAUUUUGAAGAUGGUGGUACUUUACCACCACCUUUUAAUAUUGUUCCAAGUCCAAAAUCAAUUUGUUAUGGAUUUGUAUAUAUGUAUAGCAGAGUAUUUGGUUGUUCAAAAACACAUUUAAGAAAUCGAUGGCAAAGUAUUAAGAAAAUAAUCAGUAAAAUCAAUGAACGUGAAAUAAAAUAUCAAACUGUCAUACGUGAAUUAGUUAAACGUUAUAUAAUGAAACGUCAACAAAAAGAUCAAACUGAAGGUGUAACAGAAGAUGAUUUAAAUGAAAUAAAACAAGAUAUUUCAGCAUUUCGUUUUGAAUUAUUGGAAAUUUUAAGUACUAAUGGAUUUAAAGUACAAUCAAUGAAGAAAAAUCCAGACACAGGCAAAUUUGAACCAGUAGAGGAAACUAUAAGAUCUGCACGUGUUGGUCGAAAACGUGGUAAAAUGAAUUUAGAAAAAACAAUUAAUAAAAAUAUGUUUGAUAUGUCAACAUCUAUACGUGAUAAAAAUCCAUUAGAAACAUCUGAUUUAAUGAAAAGUGAUCAAUCUGAUACACUAACAACACCAUUAUCAUCUAUAUUAUCACAUCCAAAACAAAAAUUAACAGCACAAUUUAAACGUGCUAUAACAAUGAUUAAACAACGAAGUGAACCAGCACGUGAAUCAUCUCCAACACAAUUUCAAACAUCAAUAUCAUUAACAGAAAAACCAACUAAUUCAUUCGAUUCAAGUUUUUUAACAAGUUUAAUUGAAGAAACACCACAUGAUAAUAGUUCUCUUUCAUCAAGAGAAAUUUUAUCAUCAAAAUCACAAUCAUUUGGACAGAUUAGACCAUUAAUAAUACGUUCAUCAUCAAAUCAAGAUACAGAUUCAAGUAGUACAACAGCUGCUACUGUUGUUGCAUUCGAUCAAACAACACGAAUAAAUAAUCAAAGUCAAAAUACAUCAUCAUAUAGUAUUAAAUCAAAUUCACAGAAAUCUCAAACAUCUAUAAUUCAAACAGUAAAUCAACAAUCUGCAACACCACAAUUAUCAUCAUCAUCUUCAGCUACAUUAAGUCCAACACCAGCAUCAUCAACAUCAGUUACAGGAUAUUUUCGAUCGUUACAAGAUGGUCGUGCACCAAUGGCUUCUCCUGAUCCACUUUCUGUAACUUCGGACGAGAGUUGUCCUACUCCUGAUUUAGACGCCUUGUGA